AUGAUUCUUAGCGUACGUGCUAGUGAACUCACAUCGGAUUUUAUAGACUCAACCUAUCCCUCCUUGAACUCCAGGCUUUCUCCGGAAUCAACAUCAAGCUCUCUGUCUUCGGUUGCCGGCUCGAACGCGCCCUCAGAGUACUCAGCUACGUUGGACGUGGCAUCUGCUGCCACUACUCCGCCGUGCAUAUCGAGAGACAAACUGGACCGGAAUAUGACGGAUUACAGACUGCAUAGUGUAUCUGCGCUCUGCACUCAACCACAGCCUGGUCUCCCUUCAACAAUGCAGUCCUCAGGAGCUGUUCUCCCAGCUUCUCCCGGCAUGAUCCCCAGAGGAGACAGCUACCAUCUUCAAUAUCAACCAGCCAGGAGCGUGUUUCCAAGCUCCAACGGCAUUGCAAUGAACAACUUAUCACGCUACUCGAAUUAUCAGACAACAAGACCAAUAGAUAUGAACUCGAGUGCGCAGGGUGGCACGAUAUUCGGUACAUCAGGGGGUUUCGUUUUUGACUCACCAGCAUCAAGACAAUCGAGCUCAGCCAACCCUGAAGCCCCACCGUUUCACGAAACCACUGUCCUGCACAAUCUUCUAAUAAACAACCAUGCUGUGAGGCCAGACAUCAAUGCAAAGAUCCAUAAAGGGUUCUUCCAAGUUGAUGGUAAAUGGACGUGUUAUCGACGAAACUACUUCUCUUUGUCCUGCUCAUUCACCCUGAGGCCAUGGAUGCAGAUGCAAAGUUCUCCCCCUUACAUCCAACUUUCCAAUGGCACGACCCCGAGAGUUAAAUCAUUUGCCAUGGCAAUUUCCGCCGUCGUCCAUGGUCAAGAGAACGAGAUCCGUGAACUUGUCCAGCACACACCAAAGCGUGACAAACAAUCCGAGAGACGACCAGGGAAAGUGUCCUUGGAGCCACAACCACCACCAUCAUUAAUGCUUAACACCGGACCAGUAGGAAACGGCCAUCACCAUAUGGCAUUUUCUAUUCCCACCCAGUCUCCUAUGCAUUUUGACUGUGGUUCAGCCUUUGGGAACGGCCACUCUCAAGCAGUACAAACCGCACCUACAUCCCACACCUUUGAGCGAAUUCAGUUUCAAAAGGCAACUGCAAACAAUGGCAAACGUCGUGCACAGCAACAGUUUUACCAACUGGUGACUGAACUCUAUGCUGAUGUUAGUGACCACAACUCGAAAUCCUCGCCACAGUGGAUCUUAGUUGCAAGGCGCCUUUCGUACCCCAUGGUUGUCCGGGGAAGAUCUCCCGGUCACUAUAAAGACGGACGACGUGAAAGUACGACCAGCAUCGGACCGGAGAGCGACACCGGGAACUCUGGAGACAGCCGAAUAGGCGGAUUGACCAGCGGAUUAGUACAGAGUUCACGACAGCCUCCCCCUUUACUUUCUACGUAUGACCAAAGCCAUGGCCGUCGACUGACAGCCACUGACCAGCCGCCAUUAACGGCAGGGUCCCUUGUUUCUUCCUCUUCCUCCUCCCCCGGCUUCGACUUUGGAAUGAUGAAUGAUUCCAUGAAUCCAAUGGAAACCAUGAAGGACACAAACGUUGAUGCAUACGGUCAUCAACCAUACACCUCAGCAACAACCGUUCAACGAAAGGUAUGCAUUGAACCGUCCGGCAUGCGAAACCAUAUGCCUACCUUCAAUGAUACCAUUACCACUACAAAAGGACAGGAUCCCCAGGAUGGCGGAUACGGUGAACCCUUCGAACCAAUGGUUUCCCUUAUGCAUCAUGAUAACAACGGCGACAAUCACUACUUCAACCGUCAGGAUGACCAUGGCCUAAGAAAUGGUAUGAAGAUGCAUGGGCCUUACACCAACCGGCCGACAGCUCAUUACGCUCGAUACUGA